AUGCCAAUGAGUGGUCAGGGCUCGGGUGGCGAGGGCCAAUCCGGGACGCAACUAAGAGCUGAUCAGGACCUCCUUCAGCCUCAAGAAGUGAAUCGGGAAGCUGAGGGGUUACAUGAGCCGAUCUCCUUCAAACGAAAGCAAAAACAACGAUCACGGUUCAGUCUCUCUAACCUUCUCUCCCCUCCCGCCGGCGGAUCGGAUACUGGAUUUGGCUCUCCGGCGCCGCAGGGUGGUCAGAACGGCGAUGCGUCCCCUACUGAUCCUCACUCGCCGAUAGGAUUCAAUAGCGGUGUCGGCGCAGCAAAAGAUGGUGCGCCGUUGGACUGGUACGUGGAAGGCCCAGGACGACGUGUGGGUUACGACGACUUCACCGCUAUCGAUUGGAUCUACGAAUAUACCAAGGAGCGGCAAAGGAAGCGGCUUCUUUACUCGAGUGGACAGGGUCUAUUGGGGCAUGCUCGUCGACUGCUUGACGCAAGCAAUGUCUGGUUAGUGUUGAUUGCGACGGGCAUUGCUGUAGGAAUAAUCGCUGCUUCUAUCGAUAUUACAACGGAUUGGCUGGGUGACCUGAAGUCCGGAUAUUGCAAAAGUGGAAGUGGAGGUGGCAAGUUCUAUCUAAACAAGAGCUUUUGCUGCUGGGGUCUCGACGGUAAGCUGAUGGUUCAAGUCUCUGCAAGUCUCACUACUGAAUCUGGCUUUGAUAUAGAUUACUCCAAGUGUCUGGACUGGACACCUUGGGGGAAUGCAUUAGGAGCGAACUCCAGUGGAGGAACAUAUACUGUUGGAUACAUCUUCUACGUCGUAUUUUCGGUUUUCUUUGCUGCAUGUGCUUGCUUCCUGGUGCGAAAUUAUGCCGUUUAUGCUCGACACAGCGGAAUUCCUGAGAUCAAAACGAUCCUCGGUGGAACUGUCAUCCGACAUUUUAUGGGGCCGUGGACACUUGCCAUUAAAUCAUUGGGGCUGUGUCUCUCUGUCGCAUCCGGUUUAUGGCUAGGCAAAGAAGGCCCACUUGUGCAUGUUGCAUGCUGCUGCGCGAAUAUCCUGAUGAAACCUUUCGAAAGUCUGAGAGGCAAUGAAGCACGCAAGCGAGAGGUCCUUUCUGCGGCCGCCGCAGCGGGUAUCUCAGUCGCAUUCGGGGCCCCCAUCGGAGGUGUUCUGUUUAGUUUGGAGCAACUUUCAUAUUAUUUCCCCGACAAGACCAUGUGGCAAAGCUUUGUCUGUGCUAUGGUUGCAGCUGUUACUUUGCAAGCCUUGAACCCAUUCCGGACAGGUAAAAUUGUGCUCUAUCAGGUCACCUACACUCGAGGCUGGCACCGCUUCGAGAUUAUCCCAUUCGUUAUUCUUGGGAUAAUUGGCGGUCUCUACGGUGCAUUCCUUAUCCGCCUGAAUACGAGAAUCACCAAGUGGAGGCGCGCUCGAACUUCUAGUCGGCCAAUCAUCGAAGUGGUUGUUGUGGCUCUCAUUACAGCUUUGGUCAAUUAUCCAAAUCACUUCAUGCGGGCUCAGAACUCGGAGCUUGUUCAGUCGCUGUUCGCCGAGUGCAAUAGUGUGACAUAUGAUCGAUUUGGUCUCUGCGCAACAGGAUCUGCCUCAAUCGGCGUGGCAAUCUACCUGGUCAUUGCUGCUUUAUUUGCCUUUUUCUUGGCUUCGUUGACAUUUGGACUUGAGAUCCCUGCUGGUAUUAUCCUUCCUUCGGUCGCUAUCGGUGCUCUUUACGGGCGUGCUCUAGGCAUUAUAAUCCGCUUGUGGCAAGAGUCUUAUCCGAAAGCAUUCCUGUUUAGCAAAUGCGAGCCAGACAUUCCAUGUGUCACACCUGGCUUAUAUGCAAUUAUCGGCGCUGCUGCUGCUCUUGGUGGUGCUACUCGAAUGACUUUGUCAAUUGUUGUUAUCAUGUUUGAAUUGACUGGCGCGUUGACUUAUGUGAUCCCGAUCAUGAUUGCCGUGAUGUUGUCCAAGUGGUGUGGUGACAUCUUUGGAAAGCGAGGUAUCUACGAGUCGUGGAUUCGACUAAACGAGUAUCCUUUCCUCGAUCAUCGCGAUGACACCACUCCGCCAGACGUAUCUGCCCACCGGGUCAUGACAACGGUGGACGAUAUCAGCGUCAUUACUGCUACCGGCCAUACUAUUGCCUCGAUCCGCAACAUCCUAGCUAACACUACGUAUCGUGGGUUUCCAAUAGUCUCCGACACAUCAAGUCCCAUCCUGCUAGGCUACAUCACCCGCAAUGAGCUUUCUUUUGCUCUGAAGUACUCGACCUCUGGCACCACCCGCAACCUCUCCGACGAGACACAGGUUUUCUUUUCGCAUCAGCCUUUUGCGGAUCCUAUUGAUACCCUUGAUUUACGACCUUGGAUGGACCAGACACCAAUGACGUUGAACAGUAACAUCACUUUCUUGAUUGUUUUGCGAAUGUUCCAGCGGCUUGGCUUGCGUUAUGUGCUGUUUGCCAACAAGGGCAUUCUACAAGGACUACUGACCAAGAAAGACGUCUGGUCAGUGCUGAAUGGCGUGGAAUUUCGCCGAGAAGAAGCCCUUCGAGACGAACAAUUCCGGGACUUCGAAAAUCGUAAUGAGGCUGAAGAGGUUGGUUUGCUUGAUGGGAAUGAUACGUCCAGUCUUGGUAGUUCAAAACCGGAAGAUAAAAUGAUGAUCGAUCCUUUUGAGGUGCGCAUGCGCUUCACUACGCAGCUGCAGCACCUCAGCGCUGCUGUCACAUCAUCACAGAAGGCCGCCCAUUAUGCACUAAAGUACCGUGACCUCGAUGAGGAUCUUCACUCAUGCAUCCUAGAGCAGCUUGAAAGGAAUAACAUGAACAACCGUGCGAACAUCAUGUACUUUAUCGAACACCUCUGCGAAAUGGCCAUCAAGGAAAACUACCUCCCAUAUGUGCGCAUGAUGCAGCGAGACAUUCUGCGCGUGGUCGACUCGGUUGUUCCACCUGACGGCACUGGUGCAGCCAAUGUCAAACACGUCCGCCACGUCCUAAACGGUCUUCGGGCUAAGGAAGUCCUCAGCGCCGAAACCGUGACCGAGAUUGAUGCGGCUCUGAAAGACCGCGAUUCCCACCCCUCCCACCUGGAUCUUGAACAAGAUGAAGGCACCGAGGGAGGCAGCAAGUCGAAGUCUGAAAAGCCCCAACUGCGCCUUGACAAGAAGCAGAUCGAGCAGCGCAUCGAGGAGGACCGUGAGCGCAACAAGCGCCAGCGCGAGAGCAUGUGGGCCAUGACUGGCGGCGAUCGAGACGAAUAUAAUCAGAUGUGGGAAGAGCUCAGCCCCAUUGGGGAGGAUGAUUUUAUCAGGUCUCGUGAGGAGGCCCUGGAACGCGCCGAGUGUGUUCGUAAGCACGAGGAGUUCUAUAAGAACCUAUACGGUAUCAAGGAGUAA